GGAGGAGCAAGACGUCCCAGUGUUUUUUUCGUACACCCACGUCCUCCGUGGAGAAAUAAAAUAACAGAUAAGGAAGCUACAUCCGUUUCCUUCAGCUGAUACUUGGAACGUUGUUAUUUCCCUUACUGAAUGGAAAACAAUUAAUAGCAAUUAAAGGACACGGUGUUGUAGCCAGCUAUAUUCUUGGAUAGAGAAGGAGAGUCGAGGGACAGAGAGAGAGAGGAGCAAAUUACUGUGAACAUCAGACUGUGGAAUAAAUCCAGAGUUCUCCAUGGCAGAAAACAAUUUUCCUCCCUUGCCGCGGUUCAUUCCCCUUAAGCCAUGCUUCUACCAGGACUUCAACGAGAUCCCUGACCAGCAUCGCACCAUGUGCAAGAGGCUUUACUACCUGUGGAUAUUGAACAGCGCCACGCUGGCUGUUAAUCUGAUUGGCUGCCUGGCUUGGAUGUGCGGUGGGGGCGGAGCCACUAACUUUGGCAUGGCCAUCCUGUGGCUUAUUCUCUUCACACCCUGUUCCUAUGUGUGCUGGUUCAGGCCCAUCUACAAGGCCUUCAAGACUGACAGCUCCUUCAACUUCAUGGCGUUCUUCUUUGUCUUCAUGGCCCAGGUGGUGAUCAGUGUCAUCCAGACAGUUGGGAUUCCUGGCUGGGGAGUGUGCGGCUGGCUUGCCACCAUUACCUUCUUCAGCACCAACAUCGGUUCCGCUGUGGUUAUGCUGAUUCCAACCAUAAUGUUCACUGCUGUGGCUGUUCUCUCCUUCAUCGCUCUCACCAGGGUCCAUAAAUUGUACCGCGGCAGCGGGGGCAGCAUGAGCAAGGCCCAGGAGGAGUGGGCCACCGGGGCUUGGAAGAACCCGCAUGUCCAGCAGGCAGCCCAGCAGGCAGCGAUGGGGGCAGCCCAGGGGGCCAUGAACCAGCCACAGUACUCCUCCACACCCACCUACAACUAUGACAACCAGAUGUAGGGCGUGAGGAGGAAGGAGGGAGGGAGGAGAGGAGAGGGAGGUGAGCAUGUCAAAGCGCGAGCUGGAAUUUGUUGCCUGCCAUCGAAAGAACUGGAAAAAAAAAACGAUAUCCUGUUAUACCUGCAGUCUGGUUAACAAAAGGACGGGUCCUGGUGUUUUUUAGGUAGUCUUUUUAAUGUAGUUUUUUUUAUUUUACUUGCUAGUCCUCAGUCAAAUAUUGCUGCCACCGUUUCCUGACAUUUGCCCACCAGCAGGUGUUAUUGUCCCACAGUUAUAAGUGUCAUACUGUGCCUAUUCCAUUAUCCCAACACCAUCCAUGCCCACUUCCGCUGUGUCACCUGCAGUACCACUACAGCCCCGUCCCACGUCCCAGCACAUACUACUGCUCCAGCACUCCAGGAUGGGCCAUAGCCCACCUUCAACCCCAAAUACAGAGAGAGAGCAGUUAUGUUUACUCUUCUUCAGCACAUAACCCAACCUGUCCAUAGACAGCCAUACCAACAUGGCUGGAAGCUGCAAUAAUCAGAAACCGAUGCCCACACAGCACCCCGUGUGCCACUCGUGUGAUAUUUGUGAUCUUCAGUGCCACUGGCUACCAUGAUUUACUUGCAUUGUCCUCCAUGGCAGUGCUUGCCAAUUAAAUAGAAGCCACUAUUUACAGUACAUCUUCCUGUAUUUCCAUAGCUGAGACACUUGGUGGCAGCAUACAGCCUUGUUUUGUAAAAUCAGUAUAUCUAUGAAAUUUUCCUGGCAAUAAAGUAUCUGAUUCUACUGGGGAUAGAAAUAGUUAAGUAAAGCCAUUAGAUUUUACUUGUGCACAGUUCAUUUUAAUCAUAUGUCUAUGGUAUAUUCAAGUUGCAUAAUGUUUUUCCUAGUUCAUUUAAGCCCACUGUGGUAGUAGGUCUUAGGUCUUAGGCUGUGGUUAAACAGUGCCUGCUCGCGAUUUGUCAUGACAUGGCAAAUAUCCUAGUGUAUUCAAUUUUUAUUAUUUUUUUUAUUGGUUUGUUUAAUUUCCAGACAAAUUCUCUCUGGGUUUAAUGUGCACUAGUGACUGCAAAUGUAGAACCCUAUGCUGCCAUACUUGAGUGUUAACUUGCAAGGACAAGUUUAUUAGUUAGUUAAUUUUUUAAAAAAAUACCUUAAUAGUCUUAAUUUUCUUUUUCUAAUCAUGUAGCAGUAUCAUAAAACAUAUAUAAUCAGAGAAGGAUAGUAACGCUACAAUGUAAUGUUAACACUUUAGGAGACUGAAUCAAAAUGAAAUUAAAAAAAAAAAAUCUGGGGGAUUUUAUGUCAGUCUUUUAACCCGAAGUAUUUUAUAUUUGAUAUUACUUCAGUUACAGUAUAUUUGUGUUUGUAAUUCUCAGGAAAAGCAGAACUUUGGACUAUGAACCUUUUCCUGGGUUUAGGUUUUUUGUUACGUUCUUUACUGUUAGAUGCUCAGUUUAGCUUUUUGGCUUUAGGGUCACCAGCAGGGGUAUGGCCGUCUGUGACUAGUUUCACAUGAGAAAAGACUACUCAAAGGUCUUGGUAUAUGCAUUACGGUUAGUAGUACAGAACUAUGUUCACUCACACAGAUCUACAGUGAGAUUUUGUUCUUUGCUCUGUCUAGUUGGUAACAGUGGUCAAUAGACAGGGUAAGCUGUGCGGCACGUUUUACUUAUUUCCUUCACCCUCAUUAUUAUACACUUACCAUGGAUUUGGAAUAUUCAUCCAUAACAGAAUGGGGUGAUACUACACCCCUGUGACUGAAGCACAACUAUGUCCCAAUACAGAAAACCGGACCAAAACGGUCCCCUCUGCUGGUGAAACCUGAGCAAUGCAAGAUAUUGCAGCAUUGGGAAUUCUUUAAGGGAAGUGUAAACCAAAUCUCUGCUUCGCCUCAUGCAGUUUAGCUUACAUUAUGGAACAUCGAAUAGACUUGUAUUCCCUUUCCUCACACCUUUCACAAAUCCUCAAAUAUAAACCCUGUGCUCCCGUCUCCUUCAACCAAGUCUUUAAGCAAAACAAAUUAUGUAUGUGAUUUUUUUGGUUUUGUGGAUGACAAGUGAUAUUUAAAUGUUGCUGUAUAUGUGAGAGAUUAAAACAGAAUUUUAUUAUUAUACUUCAACAAUAUAUCAGUAAGUAUCUGCUCUUAAAUGCCCUCUAUGAAAUCACCUUUGCAGUUCUGUAGCUUGCCUCUGACUCAGAACAAGUAUCCUGUGUGCUCCCGAAUUUUGCUCAGUCUCUUGUGGUCUCAUUAUUUGUGGUCUCAACAGCUAAGAUUUAAUCCUGUAUGAUCUUGGAGGCACUCGCUGUCUUUCAGUUUCAUUGAGCUUAGUACUGUGCAGAAAGGCUUUAUAUUAUAAAGGGGGAGCUGCAUAUCCUUGUUCCUGACCACAGAAAGAGGAGAAAGGAGCAUUAACUGUGUAUUAGCAGUAAUAGAACUUUAGAAUAGAGUCUUUAUCAUCUCACAAGUGGGGGCCUAGAGCCAGUACUCCUAUUUCAAAUAAAUAAGUUGUAUAGUUCAAAUGUGUAUGUUGUCUAAGAUGUCUGAAAAGUCCUACAAUAGGCAUGUAACAUAGUGCCAGUAAUUCCAGUAACUUGUGAAUUGACCGACCUGUUGGUGCAGUAGUGUCCAUGUGUAUUUUUAUUCUGUAUUUUUUUUUCCUCAGAAAUGAACUUGUACAUAAACCUGUGUUUCAUUCUUACUAUCAUUUGUUUAAAUCCAGGUAGAUGUACACGUAUGUGAAGCAGUGUUGUUCUGUCUCUUCUGUUAUGUGACAAUGGGGAAUGGCCAGCAGGGGGCACUCAUAUACAUGAAAAAAUGUAAGCUAAAGUUGCCAUAAUGCUUGCAUUACUAUACAGUCACAAAGAACUUCAUGUGUUGCUCUGUUAUCUGUCUGCCCCUGGUUUCCCUAUGCCAAAAUCUAUAAAACGACCUGAGAAAAAGCAACAGCAAGAAAAAAAAACAGGGUGAGUCAAAUUGCAGUGCCAGUGUGUAUUUGCAUCUCAUAUAAAGGCACUUGAGUGAGUUGAAGGGUGACAUUAAUACUGCAGAAUCUGCCUUAAGGAAGAGGGGAGAGUUUCCUCAACAGUAUGGCUGUGACCACCUUUUAUGUAACAUAUGCAUACAGUAUUUACAUCUGCACUAUUGGAAUGGCCUUACGAAUUCUGAGUUCCAUUGUCAUUGGGGAUAGAAUAAUUGCAUAAGUACUCUGGAGCAGGGACAGAAAUUCUCAGUUCAACCUGUACUGCACAAACCCAGCUAAUUAAUACUUGCUGAGUCUGGGUAAUAAAGCCCCUACCAAGUAGAAUGUAUACAGACUUGUAGAACAUUCUAUUUAGGUAUCAGAUCGUAUAGAUUACCCACCUGUGCCAAGGCUUCUAGCUCAGGUUUGCCCUUAAUUAUGUGCAUAAAUACAUGUAUGAUAAUUUAGAUUAAUUAAAUAGCCAUACAUAUUUACCAACAUAAGAAACUUAAGCAAAGUGUAUGUUCACUGACACUUAUCUAAAUGGUGGACUGGAUUGUGGUACCUGCCCUGUAUACAUGUUCAGGCAUAGUGUAAUAUCAUGUCCGGUCACUAAAGGAUUGUCCCUGCAGACAAGGAGACAAGAAGAGCACUGCAUCCAUUCAACUGCUGUAUUGUUUGGUAUUAGAGUGAUUAUAUUGCAUAACAGCAUUUAAAAGCCAUUAUAUUGUGGAAAAAUGGAGGCCUUGACCAAAGUGUUGUUGAGUUUCCCUAUGAAUAUUUCCUGAUAAAUAAUCAAAUAGAUUAUGCUGCUUCUUAGUUACAUACUUCCAGUUGUUGUUUGAUAUUGAUUAUUUACCGAAGCAGAGAAAGAUAACUCUCCCAUUGAUUGAAAAAAAAAAAAAAAACUUAGUGUAAAUCUAUAUGUGCUGAUCAUGUGACAUUCUGUGCUCUUUGAAGAGGAAAAGCAGUUUGAAGGAGAUAUUUUUUAUUUUUUAAACAUUUUUAUUUCUUUUCCUGAUGAAUAUUAAACAGAUCCUGUUGCA